AUGGAUACUGAUAUCCUCACCGACGUUGGUAAUUGGAUUCCAACUCUAAUGCUUGAUAAAUCCCAGAAGGAAAAGCUUGCCAUGUACGUCCAAGACCUCUACGCCAUCCUUCACGCACUCUGGGUGGAUGACACCAAACCCCUCCAUGGUUUUAUUCGAUGCCAAAGCAUUGAGGAUCCCCACCGGAGUACCGUCACGGCGAAUGUCGAUCUUGAGAACAUAAAAAAUAAAGAAAGAGGUGGGAAACCGAAAAAGUUCUCUUUCCAUCUAGAAGGGACCCUCGCCUUCUGCAUAGUUUCGUAUAUCCUGAGCAUUGGCGUUAGUCGAGGAGCAUUGAGGGAUGACUUUAUUCAUGUUCAGGAGAUAUUCGACCUCAAUAUACCUGCGGGCCGUGACGUACUCCGCAUCAAAUGGAAAAAGCAAUUCCUAAACCAACCAUUUCUAUGCGAUGUUAGGAACACCAGCGAGGGUAUCCGGAUACUAACAGAACAAGCGUUUCCAUAUGCGAAAUACCGCGAUAUAUUCGUACGCUUGGGACGUGUUGCGGGCUUUGAGAAAUCGUUGGAGCUGUACCAGCUCCGUCGGGCUUCUGGGAGGAACAUAAACAGCGCUCUGAACCCAGCUGAACGGAAUCAGACUAUGGGUAAUCUUGGGAGUACAUACGAGAAGUACUACACACCAACACAUAUUGCCCGCGACUUUCAAUCCAUCUACUUUGGAAGUCCUUCAGAAGACCUUCUCAUCGAAUCUGUCGCACGCAUGGGCUUAUCACGGGAUCGACGUGCACCAACGGAGCUGGAUGACGCGCAACAGGAGGAAUUACGGAACGACCCCGCACUCGCGGUCCUUCGUAAGGAGCGAGAAACAUACAAAGAACAGCUUCACGACCAAGGCUUUCAGCCACUUUCGAAGGGUCAAGGGACGGAUCUUUACAAGAAAUACGAGGACACGAAGCGAAAGAUUGGCAGUACAUACCAGAGAUUGUACAGAGAACGAUUAGAUGCGGCCUACAACGAGUUCCAUGAAUCGAUCGAUACAAUCGGGAUAGCCAGGCAACUCAGUGGGAAGGCCGCAGUCGAAGUCCUGACGCUACCAGCCGUUGAGUUUGAACUUCGCGAGCGAGCCACCAUUGCCGGCAUGCUUUUCAAGCCGAUUCAGGACGACAAAGCCCGGCCAAAGGCGUUUAAGCGAAAACAGGUGGCUCCGGUCGCAUGUGAAGCCAAUGGCUCAUCUUACUCGAACGAACGAAAGAGGUGCGCUGAGGUUUUUGAGAAGAGCCCGAGUAACCAGGAUGGCGAGAUUGCGGAAGAAGAGCUUGACGUGCCAAAGCGCAGAAGAGUCUUGGAGGGAAUGAAGAGUUCUCAUACGAACGGAGGAUGCGCCAUGUUCCACGAAAGGAUGUCCUGA